CUGUGCUCUCGGCUUGUGCCCGGGGAACGAGCUGCUUAAGAAUGUUUGGCCUUCGGAAAUUCGUCGUUCAGAUGAUGAGGUAAAAUUGUUCAAUCGUCCUUUACUCAAGAAUUACAAACUCUUAGAAAAUUCAGUCAGCUCGCAACGAUAUCGUUAAAAAGUUAUCCAAAAUCAUUCGUACCUGUAAAUACGUAUUUACUAACUGAUUACCUUCGAAUUAUUAUUUGAGUGAAAGAUACAAGCAUUUCUUAUUGAUUUUUUUUUGCUUCACAAUACUUUUGAUAGCAAAAAGAAAACUUAAACGAAAGUAAGAGAGCUAAAGUCACCGUUAAAGAAUGCGCUUUAAAUUCUCUUUGAGUUUAUAUACAAUAGAAGUAAAUAAGAAUAUUGUCCAAAACUUUUGAAGCCUACAGCCCCUUUAAAAGACACGCAACUCUGAAACAGUAAGAUAUGUUACUGAAAGAGGUGAUGAAAUUCAGAUUUAUUCAAGUGUUUAUCAGAUUUGAAAAAUUUUAGUUUAUAGAAAAAUAGUUAGUUCGAAACUGCUACAGAUUAGAUAUUCUAUUAUGAAUACAUGUAUGAUAAUACUUGACUGAAUCAAAACUCUUUAAAUUUGGAGCUAAAGAUAAAAUGGCGUUGAGCGUUGACUCACAACAGCUUGUCAAUUAUUUUCUCACAUAAUUCGAAAUGGUUUUUCCCCUUGAAAAAUCAGCACGAUAUCAUUUUUACAUAGUUUAAUUAUAAUUCUUCCUUUGGUGAAUGAGAAUUUAAUAAUUCUUCUUUUGUUGAUUCUUAUUUAUUUUUUAAUAGUCUCCAAGUUACUAAGUUUUCGAAGAAAGGAAUGCUCAUGUGAAAGUUGCUCUCAUGCAGGCAUAAUAACAUCUUUGCAGUAUACUUGAAUGAAUGCGUAUAAAUGUUAUUCUUUGUUUCAUGGCCCAAUAUCAAUUAAAAUAUCGGAUGACGGUCAAUAGGAAAUCAUUCUCCCUUACAGCCAUGAAACUUCUGAUAUAAAUUGUCGAUUUAUACGCUUAAACGACUACUGAACGCAUCCAUUAUCAGUGCAUAUUUAGGUAAAGGGUGCAUAGAAGUCGACUGCUUGAAUUUCUGAUAUUUUCUUAAAAUGUUUCUGAUAAAAGAAAAAUUUGAAGUUCUUCGCUUAUAUUAAAAAAAAAAUCUUUUUAAAAUGGAUCCAUAUAUUGAAAUGAAUGAGAGCAUUAUAGCAGUUAAUGCGACAGAAGAAGUUCCCGACAGAAAUGUAUUCAUCCUCCCUUGGUGGCAGCAACUUGUAUGGACUUUGGUCUUUGGUUGUAUGAUUUUCGUCGCAACAGGUGGUAACGUCAUUGUCAUGUGGAUUGUCUUAGCGCACAAGAGAAUGCGAAGCGUCACUAAUUAUUUCCUAGUGAACCUCAGCCUGGCUGACACCAUGGUGUCAACUUUGAAUGUCAUCUUUAAUUUUAUCUACAUGCUGGAUGGACACUGGCCGUUUGGCGAAGCCUACUGCAAAAUUUCAAACUUCAUAGCGAUUGUCUCAGUAGGGGCCUCUGUUUUCACGUUGAUGGCGAUUUCAAUUGAUAGAUAUAUAGCUAUCAUGCACCCUCUUAAACCAAGGAUGUCUCGAACCACGACCCUCAACAUAACUGUUCUGAUUUGGAUCUUGAGCAUCAUUUUGUCAUUUCCAAAUCUUCUCUAUUCUGUGACUCGUGUCGAAACCUUCGGUAAUGGCGACUACAGAGUCAUUUGUUACAUGGAAUGGCCGGAUGGACCCAUGACUCGAAGCGACGACGAAUACAUCUACAACGUUGUGAUUCUGGUUGUAACCUACGUGCUGCCCAUCACCUCGAUGACUUUCACAUACUUCAGAGUUGGCCGAGAAUUGUGGGGGAGCCAGAGCAUCGGCGAAUGCACCCAGAAGCAGAAAGAGAGUGUCAAGUCCAAGAGGAAGAUCGUGAAAAUGAUGAUCGUAGUAGUGGUGAUAUUUGCUGUGUGCUGGCUUCCCUACCAUGUUUACUUCCUUUUGGCCCAUCACUUGCCUUGGAUUAUAACAGUUUCCAAUGUGCAGCACACUUAUCUCUCCAUCUACUGGUUGGCUAUGUCGAACUCCAUGUAUAACCCCAUUAUUUAUUGCUGGAUGAAUAGCAGGUUUCGUCAGGGAUUCAAACGCGUGUUUUGUUGUUGCAAGUGGAAAGAGGAGCACGCCAAUCCCUUCGAAAAGCGCAAUUUUGCAACAGUGCGCCACAGUUAUUCUGAGCCCUAUACCGACACCAGAGUGACCAUCAAUGGAAAUACCAACUUAGCGCUACACACAGUUACAGAAUCUCUGAAUGGAAGCCACACUUCGAGCACCCCAUUCCUUACUCCGAAAACACCACGCACUGACAAGUUUUCCAAUGUGUAGUGAAUGGGCAAUAAGGAGUUCGAAGAUAUAUUUUCAGUCUUAAAUUCAAUACGCACAUUCUUUAUUUGCCUACAAUUAACGAAAAUUAAGUUAAAAAAUUGUUCUAUUUGCUUAUAGCAACAUGCAUGUUUACAUUCUAGUCCUAAUUUGAAUUGUUGGAAUAUCGGUAAGUAGAACAUUCAUCAUUCGAACUUCGAUGUUUAUUGGUAAAUGGACAGUUCAAACAUCCGAAUCAAAAGAAUAUUGAUAUUAAUUGGGGUAUUUUCAUUUUGAACAUUGGUAUUAAUUCAUUUUUGACAUUUUGAAUGUGUGUGACAGUAGAAAUAUCGAAUAUUUUUUAAAACAUUUCGAACAAAAGGAAAAAAAGCAUGCAGGAACUCGAUUCUAUUGGAAAUCUUACAAGGCAUUUUAUGAUAAACUGCUGAAACAGCUUUAUUUAAUGGUCUUCACAGUAUAUAAAUAUGAGAUUUGGGAAACAUAGCGAUGCUCAUUAGACUCUAAACGUUAGUUUACAAAGAGAAUAAUACCGUGCCAGGACUGAAGAAAACUGAGAACUAUUUUGAUGAAAACUGUCAGAGAAUUUCAGGAAGUUAUGUACAUAAAUGUAAAAAUAAAAUGUAUGUCUUUGAAUUGACUUGAAAUAGCCAGAUGGACUUCUAUAAAUAGUUGUAUUCUUGUUCUGAGAACCACAAACAAGAAAUCAGCUAUAUUUUUCAUUUUAUCUGGUUAAAAAAUAUCGUUGAAGUCAAAAUAAUUUUUCAUUCAAAACUUAUUGAAAGUCUGGAAUUAUGCAUCAAGAAUUUCAACAGAAAAAUAUAAAUAUAGCCAUAACUGGUUGCUUUGUUUCAAGUAUAAAUAACAGUUCUCACUACUAUCUUUCAUCUACUCAAAACAGUUCUUUCACUACUAUACCGGCCCAGCCGACCGCUCACAUUCUAUAUGGGUUUGCCAAUUUCAGUUUCAUACGAGAAGUGCAUUAUGCAAAGAAAGGAAAACUCAUUUUACAUCCCUUUUUUUAAACAGAAAUUGGCCUGGCAAUGUGGAAUUCGCACGACCCUUUAGGCUGGGUUGGGAGUGAAAGGGUUAAAAUAUUGAUAUUAAAUAAAUACUAUAAUUAUUCAACUUCAAGUAUUUCUUUUGUUAUAUGUGCAUUGCAAGAUGGAUGAAGUUUCAACCUUAGAGUUUCAAAAGCUUUGUCUUUUUUUUUAAUAUAUAUCUAUUUUCAA